AUGAUGCUUGUUGACCUCAUCUUUGGGAAGAGAAGCAUAGUUUUACCUCAGCUUCUUACAGAUAUCAAGCAUUUGCUACAAACGGGAUCAAACAAAGAGUUGAAAGGAAUGAUGAAAACUGUGAAGAUACAAGACAUUGAUAAGUUUAGUGUGCCAGAUGAUAUUGAUGAAGAUGAUCUCAUGGGUGAACUUGAUGCUUUGGAGGCAGACAUGGGUCAAGAAACUGAAGGUGAAGGGGUACCUUCAUAUAUUCAACCUGAUAAUGAACCUGAUCUGGAUGCAGAACUUAAUAUGCCUUUAGCUCCAAGUGGACAUGCAGUGCCAGUGAAACCAUCAAUCAGAUGA